AAAAAAAAAAAAAUCUAUUUAAAAAUAAUUCAAGUAUGUCAACAGGUAUUAACUUGGGCUUAGAAAGAAUAUUUUCUCUCUUAGAAUUAAUAAAUAAUCCACAUAAACGACUUUCAGUAAUUCAUAUAGCUGGUACUAAUGGUAAAGGUUCAACAUCAGCGUAUAUAGAUUCAAUUCUUUUACAAUCAGGUUAUAAAACUGGAAGGUUUAAUUCGCCACAUUUGCUUGAACCUCGCGAUUCAAUUAGAAUAAAUGGGUUGCCGAUAUCAAAAGAAGAUUUCUUAAAAACAAGUGAAAUUAUAACGAAUGUAAAUUCCACUAAUAAUUUAGAGUCAAGUCCAUUUGAAAUAUUAACAGCUAUAUCUUUAUAUUGGUUUGAUAAACAACAAGUAGAUGUUUCUAUAGUCGAAGUUGGAUUGGGUGGAAGAUUAGACGCGACAAAUGUUUUUGAUAAUGUUUUAUCAAGUAUUAUUACUUCUUUAGGAAUGGAUCAUACAAAUUUUUUGGGCGAUAAUAUUGAAUCUAUUGCAAAAGAAAAAGCUGGAAUUAUGAAAAAAAAUGGAAAUGUUAUUAUUGCCCCACAGAUUGAAGAAAAAGCUUUAGAUACAUUAAAGAGAUGUGCUGAAGAAGUUGGUUGUGCAAAAAUUUUACUUGUUGAUGGUGCAAAAUGGGAACAAGAACGAUCAGGAUUAGCUUCAACUAAAUUUUUAGAUAAUACAUAUAUUAAAAUUAAUAUUCCACUACCUGGGGAUAUUCAAUUAGAAAAUUCUGCUACUGCUAUUUUUGCUAUAGAUCUCUUAAGAAAGACCGAAAAGAAAUUUGCAAAUAUAACUAAUAAAGAUAUCAUUGUUGGAAUAGAAUCAACUAAGUGGCCAGGAAGAUUACAGUGGAUAGAUGCUUCUAUAUUAUCGAAUGUUCUUGAAUUUUCUGUAACUUCUAAUCUUUUGAUUGAUGGUGCUCAUAAUCCACAAGCUGUAAAAUCAUUAAGAACAUUUAUCGACAAACAAUAUGAGAAUAAAUUAAUUAAAAUUCAUUGGAUAUUUGCUGCUACAAAAGGAAAGAAUAUUACAGAAAUUUUUGAAAUUUUAUUAAAUGAUAAUGAUUUGUUAACAGCUGUCGAUUUUUCACAGGUGGAAGGUAUGCCAUGGAUAAGUUGUUAUGACCCUAAAGAAAUCAUAAAAGUUGCAAGGGAUGUGAAAGAAAAUAUUGACACUUUUGUUGCUGAAAAUUUAAGAGAAGCACUUUAUCAUGCUUAUACAAAGUGUAACAAAGAAGGUGGA